AUGGCACCAGCUGGAGGAGCCCGGGGACCAGUGAGCCCUGGCCUGGGCAGGACACUGGGAGGAAAUGAUGGCGAAUCCAGGGGGGUAGAGCAGAAGAAGCUAGAAGUGGCUAUGGAAGAGGAAGGCCUCGCAGACGAGGAGAAAAAACUGCGCAGGUCACAACAUGCUCGCAAAGAAACAGAAUUUCUGCGCCUGAAGAGGACUAGACUUGGCUUGGAUGACUUUGAAUCUUUGAAAGUUAUAGGAAGAGGAGCAUUUGGGGAGGUACGCCUCGUUCAAAAGAAGGAUACAGGUCAUAUUUAUGCAAUGAAGAUACUAAGAAAAGCAGAUAUGCUGGAGAAAGAGCAGGUGGCCCAUAUCCGAGCAGAAAGAGAUAUUUUGGUUGAAGCAGAUGGAGCCUGGGUAGUGAAAAUGUUUUACAGCUUUCAGGAUAAAAGAAAUCUUUACCUGAUCAUGGAGUUCUUACCUGGAGGUGACAUGAUGACCUUACUAAUGAAGAAAGACACCUUAUCAGAAGAGGAGACACAGUUUUACAUUUCUGAAACUGUGCUGGCCAUAGAUGCUAUUCACCAGCUGGGAUUCAUCCACAGAGAUAUUAAACCAGAUAACCUUCUGCUGGAUGCUAAGGGUCAUGUAAAACUGUCUGAUUUUGGGCUAUGCACAGGUUUAAAGAAAGCUCACAGAACAGAGUUUUACAGGAACCUGACACACAACCCGCCAAGUGACUUCUCAUUUCAGAAUAUGAACUCAAAGAGAAAAGCAGAAACAUGGAAGAAGAACAGGCGACAGCUGGCAUAUUCUACUGUUGGAACCCCAGACUAUAUUGCACCAGAAGUAUUUAUGCAGACUGGGUACAACAAGCUGUGUGACUGGUGGUCUUUGGGAGUGAUUAUGUAUGAAAUGCUAAUAGGGUAUCCACCUUUCUGCUCAGAAACGCCACAAGAAACUUAUAGGAAAGUUAUGAACUGGAAAGAAACAUUGGUAUUUCCUCCAGAGGUGCCCAUUUCGGAGAAAGCAAAGGAUUUAAUUCUAAG